GGGUUACACACUCUAGAAAAUCCUGUAUAUUUUAAUGACAGUACCAUCGGCUAACCAUUUAUAGUGCUGAAAUUCUUGGAUCGCCGGUGCCACAAUGCAGGGAUUUGGUGAGGAAAAUCCUCCGGGAUCCAAUUCGUUUGGAAACGGCGAUGGUAUCUCUCAGGAUUCGGUACAAGUUGUAAAGACAACAAAGUUCGUAAAUGUAGCUAAUUUGGCUGAUUACUUAAGUUCUAUGUCAGGUCCUAAUUGCCGUGUUGUAGUUCAGCAAGUGGAGCAGGGAUCUGAGAUGGCUAAGCAAUUAGACCGUGCGUUAGCUGAUAUGCAGCAGCGCAAGUCAUCUGCGGGUAGUGAUGGCAUUCCAGUUUCUCAGGGUGUGAUUCCUCAGCACAUGCUACCUGUCAACUCCCCGGUAGCUCCCGUUCAGUUGUCUACGCAGGAGGAAUCAGCAGUGCCUCAAGCCACCCAGGAUCGUCGUGUAUCACGACAUGAGUUUACUGGUGCAGUCACAACAUCAAUGGUUCAGAGUUCUUGUGAGACAUUUACCUCCAGCAAUGUGCACUGCGGCCAACCCGGUGAGCUCAAACACCGCGUAUCAUCAUUGUUGAUGCAACUGAAGCGUGUCAACAUUACUCCCUGUUCAUCACUUGAUGAAAGAGGUUCAGAUCAUGUUCAGCACUCAACUGUUGACACCUAUGCCUCUUUGAACGAGAACAACUUGCGAUUAUUCCAGAAGGAUAUGGGCAAGUCCGAUAUUCAGGAGAGUUGUACUCUAUCUAACGGUAGCCAGGAAUGUAAUUUAAAGGUUGAAACCGCCGCUUCUGUCAUCCCGCAGGAAACACCACAUGUAGACAGGCACCCGGAGCCUACCUUUGGGGACAUCGGGUCCACCCACGCCAAUAGUGCCUCAUCUUUUGAUGAGCACGUUCAGUUUACACCAAAGAGCAACUUCGUUGAAUCUUCAGUAUCUCAGCAAUUACCCCCUGAGAUCUAUAUGGAUAACCACGGUGAAAGUAGGAUGGUGAGGCGUUUUGCUACUAAGGGUCCUUCGGACCCUUCACCUGCGAAUAAGUCACCAUGUGGGACGGCUGCUAUGGGUCCAUCUCUAAAUACAACUACGCCCUCAUCACAAUGUCCCACUCGUACUGUUUUAACGCCUAAAUCAGGACCCCGUCGCAAGGCUGUUGUCGUUGGUUGCAGCUAUUCUGGCGAUUCCAAAGCAUCACUUCGUGGUCCUUGCAAUGAUGCAAUUCUAUUUGCUACAGCUUUGAUAACGCAUAUGGGUUUUGAGGCUGAUGACAUCCUUCUUUUGGUUGACACUGAGCCUGCAUCUGUUUAUAUCCAACAGCUGGUAUACCUAGCAUCUGCUCAAACGCCUAUAAAUGCUCCAGCUCGCAACGGCAAUGGUAGGCAGAAGACAGGUGUCAUAGGGGGCAUGAUUGGCGGCUUGAUAGGUGAUUUCCUUUCUAGGAUACCCCCUGAUGUUGAACUCGAUAUUCCUGAGAUGCUUAUGUUAGAUUCACCAGGCAAUCCAGUAUCUGCUGAAAACCUUCCAACUCGCGCUAACAUUUUAAAGGCUUUGCGCUGGAUGGUAAACGGCUUACGUCCUGGUGACAGUGCAGUAUUCUAUUUUUCUGGCCAUGCUGUACAAAUUGACGACAUGAGUGGCUGGGAGGGUGAGGGCUAUGACGAGGCUCUUGUACCAUGUGACUACAUGGAGCAUGGCGAUCCUUCUCGGGGCUUAAUUCCAGCUCAGCAGAUAAGACAGCUAGUCCAAUCAGUUGGUAGGAGCAGUCAGGUUACUGUUGUUUUGGAUACCGUGGGUAUGCAGACGGCGCUUGACCCUGCUGGUCGCAGUGGCCCAUGGCGUUACAUCAAGGGCGCCAUGUUGCGUGGCAUGUGGCCCUUGGCUGACGCCACUGGCAAGAUGCAACGUGCUGUGUACGACCCUGAGGUCUGGACUAACGGUAACAUGCAGCAGCAAUUGGUAUUACCUAAAUUCUUACCGGCUAUGCAGGUUGAUUGUACUUCAGCUCUUAUUGAUGGUUUCAUAUCGUCUAACACUGAGGACAAGAGUUCCAAUAGCAUUUGUAUAGCAGCUGCACCUUUUGAUGAUGUUGCUGUAGAGGCUAUGUUCCGCCCGAUGUCACUUACAGAUCGUCCUAUUAUGCGGAUAACCACUCAGGGUUGUGAACAGGUUGUUUGCCACGGUGUGUUUACAUACUGCCUUGUGGCUACUUUAACUCGUGACCGCACUUCUAAACGCGGCGGUAUAACUGUACGUGAGUUAGUGGCUGGUAUUCAACAGAGGUGCCAAUACCUUCGUGGCACUCGUAUGCCUAAGCUGCGUCAGAUGUGCGAGGCUACAAUUCAUCCAGCUGGCCUUGCAUCACUGGACAAUUUCUUUGUAUCGCCUUGGGGAGGUCGUUUACUUCCUGAGCGCGCUCGUCGUCCAGGAGUCGAGAACUCAUACAAGUCGCUAUCAGCUGGUUUGGGAGCAUUUUUAACUGUAAAUGAAGCUUGGAUGCAAUUACAUACUGAGGGUCGUAUGCGUGCUGCUGAGCAGCGUGAGAAGUUUGGGCGCAUGCGUAGCGCCGUUGUUAAUGGCAGUCGUAUGGUAACUGCUGACUUGCGUCAGAUGAUGGCGUCGCAGGGAUACGUAUCUCGUAGACCGAGUGCCGCUAUUAUGAUUGGUCAGGUACCAUCAAGGCAACGUUCCGCUGCUGGUAAAAGCUGGUGCGGUCAGCCUCAAUACCCUCAUCAGUAUAUGGCUCAAGAUUUUAACAUGCCUCAUCAUGCCGUAUACUCGAUGUCACCCAUGGCUGUUAUGAACCCAAGUGGCCAGUACCAUCCCAUGGGACAGGACUAUGUAGUAGAUCAGCAUGGGAUGAUGUAUCCAUCUCACCACGUAGCUCAGCCAAUGCAGCGUGAGUACUACGUUGCUGAGCCUACAGCGCAGUUUUGCGGAUACCCGCAACAGUUCGUACCGGGUACAUUUGCACAGCAUGUGCAACACGUCCAGCCACCAAGGCAACAGCAGACGUGUCGCAGCAACACUGCUGCUUUGUUCAAGGGCUCGAAUCACCAACCACAGCACGUGGGUCGCACUAGGACUUCGGCCUGUAGGCCUAUGGGCAUGAAAUUCGCCGAGCCCAUUACCAGUGCUAUGAUUUCACAAUUACCUGUACAUCCUGGGUACAAUUAGUCUUAAUAUAGUUUAAUAAUGUU